AUGAAUUCCCUAAGUAAAAAUCCCCUGGGCCAGAUGGGUUCACAAAUGCAUUCUAUCAAACAUUUUUUUAAAUUUUAUUUAGUCAAUUUAGAACAUUAUUCCUUGGUUACAAGAAUCAUGUUCUAUUCCUCCCUCCCCUCCCUCCCCUCCCCUCCCCUUCCCGUAGCCGACGUGCAAUUACACUGGGUUUUAUAUGUGUCCUUGAUCAGAACCUAUUUCCAUGUUGUUGAUGUUUGCACUAGGAUAUCUAUCAAACAUUUAAAAAAAACAAUUAAUCCUAAUAUUAUAGAAAGUGUUUGGCAAAAUAAUCAAAGGAGUCCUACCAAAUUCUUUUUAUGACACAAAUUUGGUACUGAUACCUAAGCCAAGAAGACCAAAAACAGAGAAACAAGAUUAUAGACCAAUUUUCCUAAUGAACAUUGAUACAAAAAAUCUUAAAUACCAGCAAAGACUACAGCAAUAUAUCACAAGGAUUAUUCACUAUGACCAGAUGGGAUUUAUACCAAGAAUGAAAGGCUGGUUUAACGCUAGGAAAACUAUUAGCAUAAUUGACCAUAUCAAUAAUCAAAGUAAUGGAAAUCACAUGAUUAUCUCAAUAGAUGCAGAAAAAGCCUUUGACAGAAUACAACACCCAUUUCUAUUAAAAACACUAGAAAACAUAGGAAUAAAAGGAUCUUUCCUUAAAAUAAUAAGUAGCAUUUAUUCAGUAAGUGUCAUCUACAAUGGGGAUAACUUAGAAGCCUUCCCAGCAAGAUCAGGAAUGAAGGAAGGAUGCCCAUUAUCACCACUAUUAUUUAAUAUGGUACUAGAAAUGCAACAAUUGGAGAAGAAAAAGAAAUCAAAGUAGGUAAUAAGGAAACUAAACUCUGCAGAUGACAUCUUGGUGUAUUUAGAGAAUCCUAGAAAAUUAACUAAAAAACUAGUUGAAAUAAUAACAGUCAAAUUACAGGAUACAAAUUAAACCCACAUAAAUCAAUAGCAUUUCUAUAUAUUUCCAACAAAGUGCAGCAGAAAAACUUAGAAAGAGAAACUUCAUUAAAAUCAUUCUAGACAAUAUAAAAUACCUUGGAAUCUAUUUACCUAGACAAAUAUUACAAAAUAUUUUUCACAGAAAUAAAUCUAGAUCUAAACAAUUGGAAAAACACUAAUUGCUCAUGGGUAGGUUGAGCUAAUAUAAUGAAAAUUACAAUCCUACUUAAGUUAAUUUACUUAUUCAAUGCCAUACCAAUCAAACUACCAAAAAUUAUUUUAUAGAACUAGAAAAAAUAACAACAAUGUGUGAGGAAAUUUUACCCUCAACCCUUUUGAUGUUCCAAAUGUGACAUCUUCCUCUGGAUAUAGCCUGCACGUCCAGGAUCCCCUGCACAUCCAAACCAAAUGAGUCAGUGUGCAACUUAGCUUUGGAGGGAGGAGCUAGUUCAACUUAAAAGGUUGCACAGGGAAGGAGGAGGGUCUAUGGGCUUCUGAGAAAGAGAUAGAUCAGAUACACAAAGUGAUUUCUGCAGUAAGGAGGUUUAGGCCUUAACAAACUGGAGGCUCAUUCUUUCCUUUUUGAUUACUAAAAUAAUAAAACCCAUGACCAGUCUCUCAAUUUUAAUCAUAACAAAAAUUCAUCUGCAAGAACAAAAGGUCAAGAUAUCUAUAUAUAUAAAGGGAAUUAAUAAAAAAAGGUGAAGGAUGGUGGCCUAGUAGUACCAUAUCUUAAACUGUACCUUAAAGCAGUAAUCAUCAAAACAAUCUGGUACUGGCUAAGAAAUACAAGGAUGGCUCAAUGAAAUAAAUUAGGGGUAAAUGAUCUUAGCAAUCUAAUCUCAGCUUUGAACUAUUUGAUGAAAACUGCUAGGAAAAUUGGAAAACAGUAUGUCAAAAAUUAGGUUUCAAUCAAUAUCUCACACCCUAUACCAAGAUAAGAUCAAAAUGGGUACAAGAUUUAAACAAAAAGUGUUAUAAGUAAAUCAGGGAAACAUAGAAUAAUUUGCCUAUCAGAUCUAUGGAGAAGGGAAGAAUUUAUGACCAAAAAAGAGAGAUAGCACAUUACAAAAAGUAAAGUGAAUACUUGUUAUUAUAUUAAAUUAAAAAGGUUUUGUACAAACAAAACCAUUGCAACCAAGAUUAGAAAGAAAGCAAUAAACUGGGGGAAAAUUUUUAUAACAAAUUUAACUGAUAAAAUACUCAUUUUUUAAGUAUAUGAAGAACUAAGUCAAAUUUAUAAGAACCCAAGUCAAUCCUCAAUUGAUAAAUGGUCAAAGGAUAUGAAUAGGCAGUUUUCAGAUAAAAUAAAAUCUUUCAAUAAUUAUAUGAAAGAAUGUUCUCUUGAUUAGAGAAGUGCAAAUUAAAACAACUCUGAGGUACCAUCUCAUACCUAUCAGACUGACCAAUAUGGCAUAAAGGAACAUGAUAAAUGUUGGAGGACACAUGGCAAAACUGAGACACUAAUGUAUUGCUGGUGGAGUUGUGAAUUGAUUCAACCAUUCUGGAGGUGUGACAGAGGCUGGCACAUAAGAAAAGUGUCAGGCUGAAGAGUGUGUGGAACUGAUCACCUCGAUGGGGGAGGGGCCCCAGGACUUUGGAAUCUGGAGGAGAAGAUUCUGGCUGGGAGAGGAGUUGGUCUCUCAGUUGGGAGAAGCUGAAAAGAGAAGGUUGAAAAAGACUGAGGGUUACUUACUUUUUCCUGUCUGUGACUCGAAAUCUUUCCCCCCAACAUUUCCCAAUUGAAAGGACUAUUGAAGAGGAAACCUGAGAAGGACAUUUUAAAUUUAUUUCUGACGUUACUUCAGCUCCUGUUGCCCUGAGUCUGAACUGUGACCAAGGGACCAAAUCCAGGCUCAUUCCAUAUUGAAUGAAGGAGCAGUUGUCCCCAUGGAAGGAGGUUAUUGGAAGCACAGGUGGAGACUACUAAGCCAAGCAGGGUUUGUCUGGAUCCUUUUGGUAGCCUCCGCUCUUGGGAACAAUUCAAAGAAUGACUCAGAGGAUGGAACAUGCUGGUUACUUGACCACAAUAGUACGGAGACCCUGAAACAAGGAAAGACAGAAUAUCUUACUGCAAAUGAUUGUGAAGAAGUAAUUUCUGACUAUUUCAAAUUUUGUUUCCCAAAAAGAUGCCCUAAGAUUUCCUGUUUAUUUUAUCAAGAUGACUCAGGGAACUUGAAGCCUUAUAUUUGUAGUACUCUCCUCAGAGUGCUUAUUGUCAGCGUGCAAACUGGAAAAGCAAAGACAGCAGGACAUCUGUGUACGCCUAAAGAUUCCAUCUGUAAUUGGACCUUAGACAAUGAUUUACUACUCACUUCUGGAUCUCUUAUAAUGGCUUACAGAUGCUUGGAGAUGGGACUGCAUAUAAUUGGUUUGACAGUUUCUGAUGUAACAUCUACUGCACCAACUCAGAGUCUAUUUAAUAUGACACUGGAAAAAGUAGGUAUUGGAUUUCUUGAUCUUGGCAGUUCAUCUCCAGAAGUGCUUAUUCUGUCACCAUUAAAGGUAGGAGCUCAUAUUCACUUCUUUAAGAAAAUUUUCUCACUCUGACUUCCCACAAUUAAUUUCUUUGCACCUUAGUUUUUUCAUCUAUAAAAUAAAGGAUACUGACACAGAUCACUUUGCUUAAUUUGAGCUGUGAUAUGAGCUACUAAGAUUAAAGACACAGCAUCAUUACCUCCCUUCCCCCAUAUUUCCUGUUGUUUACUUAGGUGUGGAAUAGUGCUGAAUAGACUGAAUGUAUGAAGGAAAAGAGAUUUCUUGACUUUAUGUCAGUGUCCUGGGUGUCUGUGCUUUUUCACACUGGAUCUGGCUGGGUCCAAUGUUUCUGUCACCCUGUAACUGUCAAAAAACAUCUGGUAACCCAAGGUUGAUAUUUUGUAAUAUGACAUGUAACACAAAUAACAGACAUUUCAGUUAUGUAUAUUUCUCUAUGAUAGAAAUGGCAUGAUUUUAAUUCUACUAUCUUUUCAAAAAACCUUGCAUUUAAAAAAAAAGGACAAUUACUUGAAACUGCUUUUCACUUUUAGUUGAAAAGUGAGUAAAGAACUGAAAAUAAUGUAGAGAACUUCCAUUAUGUUUAAUGCUAAGGACCAGUUUUGCACAUGUAUGAUUCACAUACAUAAGAGUUGGUAGUUAUAAUUAGGAUGAUAUUAAAAAAAAGAACUGUUCACUGAAAUCAUAGUCUUCCCUAAUGUGUAUUUUUAAAAACUUUUCUUUUUUCAAUAGCACAUUUUGAAAACACGUAGAGACCUGAUUUUAAGUUUCGGUGAUGAAAAAACACAAUCUCUUCCAAAUUGGGUUGGCAGCAAUAAUAGAUCUUUCAACACAAUAUUUAGUGUUCCUGGCAUAUGUGAUUUUGCUGCUUCGGUAUCUAAUCCCCACAACUACAUCUUCUUCAUUCAAUGUCUUCCCGGGCACAUCAAAAUAGGAG